GGCUCAGUUGGUUCAGAACUUCUCCUUCCUUCCAGCUCGCUCUCUCUCUCUCUCUCUCGCACAGAUUCUGUGUACUUCCGCAGACAGAGGUAGAGAGCGAUGAUGCUCACUGGAGAUAUUCCACCUAAUCAGACUAUAUACAUAAAGAAUCUGAACGAGAAGGUCAAGAAAGAAGAAUUGAAGAGAUCUCUUUAUGGCUUAUUCUCACAAUAUGGAAGAAUUCUGGAUGUUGUUGCGUUGAAAACUCCCAAGCUUAGAGGACAAGCAUGGGUUGUGUUUAGUGAAGUGACUGCUGCCAGUAAUGCAGUGCGACAGAUGCAAAACUUUCCGUUUUAUGAUAAACCAAUGCGGAUACAAUAUGCAAAAACAAAGUCAGAUUGUGUGGCUAAAGAAGAUGGAACCUUUGUUGCAAGAGACAAGAAAAAGAAGCAAGAGGAAAAAGCUGAAAGAAAGAGACGUGCUGAAGAAGCUAAGCAAACUGCUACUGCCAAUGGUACAAGAACUGACAUCAAUGGCGGCCCAACUGCUUCUUUUGGAAAGCCAGGCGCGCCUGAAGCUGCAGCCCCAAACAAUAUACUCUUUAUACAGAACUUGCCCCAUGAGACAACAAGUAUGAUGCUGCAAGUGCUUUUCCAACAAUAUCCCGGUUUCAGGGAAGUCCGGAUGAUUGAAGCAAAGCCAGGUAUCGCUUUUGUAGAAUUUGAAGAUGACGUGCAGUCAUCGGUUGCCAUGCAGGCCCUUCAGGGCUUCAAAAUCACUCCACAGAAUCCCAUGGCUAUCACUUUUGCCAAGAAGUAACCAAAAUCCACCUCUCCCUUAAUUGUCUGCAGAAACUGCUCAUUUGUCUGAUUUCAAGUUGAGGUAACUCGUAAUGCUCUCCCUCUAUAUAUAGAAUGAAUUGGGAGAGCAGUUUGUUUGAAAAAGUACAAAAAUGAUGGUUCGAUUGGACUGUCGAAAGGCAUUUGGGUAAUUGUGUUAUCAUUAAAAACAAAACAAUGGACUGAUCCAUUUGCGCCAAAA